GCAGCAGCCACUUCCGUAUUUGAUAUCACCCGUGUACAAUAGACCCCGACCUGGUAGUACACGGGCAUAGUGCAAUGCACAAGGUGAAGGAUUGUGACAUACUGCACUGCACGUAACUACAGACGUGUCCAGCGUUUUAAACGUGUUGACUUUUAAAACUCGUACAGAUGACAGUAGGCAACUAUAAGUAAUAUCCGCAUUUAAAAUGGCAACUAAUAGUAUCGAGCCUUCAAUAGCAUGUCUGGCAGUGAUAGUGCUCUUCUGCGAAGUAGCAAGGCGGGUGGUACUGAAAAUAACCUCCAAAAGGUACUAUGAAGGUUUAUUGAUGGAAAUAAUCUCGACUUUUCAGUUGUGCGCUUGCACUCACGAACUCAAACUGCUGGGCGAUUAUGGCAUAGUUGAUCAGCAAACUGGUUUGACUCUCACUUAUGUCAUGACGGUGGUCCACCUACUCACUUUCAGGACAGCGACGUCAAAUCCUUCUGCUUCCCUGGAGCAAAUUUACCGAAGAAAAUUAAGUAUCAAAUCAGCGAUUUUGAGAAUUGCAUGUCAGUUUCUGUCAGCGGCGGUGGCAAAACUAGUUAUGCACUUCACCUGGUCUUUUGCAUUUUCUGAAUUGCACUUAAGACACUCGCUGACAGGACUUGAGUGCGUCAGCGGGCUGCACACCUCUUCUGUUUACAAUGGAGCUGCUGUUGAAUUCUGCUGUGCUUUCGCCGUGCAAUCCGCAGUUAUCAAAAUUCAACAACUGAUGCCAAAAUAUAGAGUUUGUUUCAUAGCUGCCGUCGUCACCUUCGUGGUGUUUGCAGGUGGUCCUCUCACUGGAGCAGUAUUUAACCCUGCCCUUGCCUUUUCCAUACAAUUUCCUUGCAGAGGAAACACUUUCCUGGAAAAUGCCAUUGUCUAUGGCCUAGGACCAAUGCUAGGUAUGAUUUCGUCUGUGUUGCUGUUUGACAAAGCCAUUCCUACGCUGGUGAAGAGAGUUGGACGAAAACCGGUCCUAAAGACAGAGUAAAGGGGGUCGGAAUGGAGUCUAUUCAGAAUCAAAAAAUACAUUUCCAUCAGAAGAUUCCAAAUACAAAACAAACAAACAAAAAAGAAAGUAAUUAACAACAAAAUACAGUGUUUUAUUGUAUUUUUUUUUGUUCACCUUUAGUAAUCUUUAAUUUAUGUUCCUCCUUAUGCCAUUUACAUUUUGAACUGUUUCAUCUCAGUGCCCAAUCACAGUCCUGGAGUGACACUCCACUCCAGGUUUAACAGUGUAAAAUGGUAUAAUGAAGUUCUUCAGGGUCUGGGUGGAGCUUUAAUUAGUUCAAUUUAACAAUUUAGAAAAGGGUUGGAACAAAGACCAGGAGUGAAAAGGCCAGCUUUGGCCACCUCUGCGUUGCAUGUUCUAUAUAAUAUGAUAUGUGUUUUAAGCACUUCUCUAUUGCUAUUCCUACUUAGGUUACCAAGCUUACUAAUUAAUAUCCCAUUUUCAACUGCAGGGACUGCUUCUGAAAAGACUCCUAAAAGCAACAUUCCUAAAGGGGUUUUAGAAAUGGCCACUAGGGGGUGUGCAAGUUUGCUGGAAUUGAAAUGGUAGAUUUGGAGAAACAACAGUAGACAAUGGGGGAGUUUCCAUGUGUGGUUAUUUACACGUGAAGUGGCGAUACGCGUGCACGUUUGGGAGAACAGCUCGAGAGGAUCUGGUUUGUGGCCCAAAAUAACGGCCACAGAGGGAUAGGGUAGAUCUCAUUUACCCGUGAGCAUGACAUAAAACACACAAAAUCCACGCCCAUUUUGACAUGAAAACCUGCAUUUGAUGUGAAAAUGUCCACUGCUCCCAAUCCAGACAGCCUUGGGAUCAUACGUGGAAGGUGUCUGGCACAGAUCUCUAUAAUCUUAUGUCUCCGCCAGUUUUCAGCCAUGGUGAUCUGCAAUAGCUUUAAUUAAUAAGUCUUUUGAUAAAUGAGUUGGCAAUCACUACCAACGAUAUGCCGCCUCACCAAUGGACAUUUGAAAAACAAUUUGGGCAAGAGCAGUAAAACAUAUUAAACAACCAGGCACGAGGCAUUUAUUUAUUUAUUUAUUGCAUUUAUAUAGUGCUUUUUAUACAAAAGUAUUGCAAUGCACUAUACAGUACAUAGCAGAAAAAAACCCCAAUACAUUUGUAUUUACAAAUCACAGCUUUAUUACAUGAGCUUAACCCUGUGCUUUAAAGUUUCACUCAAACAAGAUGUAACCUGACAACCAUGAAUUUCUAGGUGAGAUUUUCUCCUGUACCUGUUCUCUGUGCAUGGAACCCACAUUUUCUGUCUGCUAAAACUGCACGAGAUCACUAUGCAUGGCUAAUUUGCAUAUUGACCUCCUCCUUUCCUUCAUUUGCAUGCCGUCAGGUGAAAAGAGGGUCUUCUCAAGUAAAAUAAACUGAGCCAAUGGAAACCCGAAAUGUAUAGAGUCAUUUUUCAUUUGGCUCAAGCACAAUGUCUCGAGAAAAAUUAGAACACACAUGGAAACUCCCCCAAUGACUCAGAACAUGCAUACUUGUAUAAUAAAAGGGUAGGAAUAUGAAUAUUAUCUAGAGAUAAAAAGGAUUGGUGGGGUUCAGAAAGACGACUUCAAAAGCGUUUUGGCAAUUUGCCGAAUAUUUUAUAUUUUGGGAAAAUGUAGAUUCAUAUCUAAAAUCUAAAAUAUCUAAAUGGUAAGUAAUAUGCUGACAACUCUCCCCACCAUGUAAGUGCAUUUAGAGAGCUUGUCAGUAUUGCAGUAAUAUUGUCGUGUAUUAUGUUUCGGGCAUUUUGAAUCAUUGUUCUAUUUUGCAGAUUCGUUUUCUAAUUCUUGUUGGGAUUACAUUCAUGGCACUGCUACCCUUGUAGUGGCUUUAAAGAAGUACCACACACAAACUACGAUUAGCAUAAUUGAUGUUUCAAAGUUUUUAGCAAUUAGUUUAUAAUGACUGCAAUUAUAUGGCGUGCCUUAAUUAUUAUAAUUUACAAUCAGCCUCAAGCUAAUACGCCACUUUCUCCUGCAAGUCAGGCAAUGAACAUAAAAAGCUAACAUGUCAAAGUAAAGGCCUAUAGAACAUACCCCCACAGAAAACAUGGCUGUUUAAAAGAGCAUGAUUGACUCAGAACCCUUUAGAGCUUAAAGCAGCAUUCUGCCUUACCCACCACAUUCCGCUGUGGAGGGCACUGAAGGUUCAUUCUCAUUUCCCAGACAGGAUAGAAAAUGUGUUUUUCCUUUAUUUUAUACGUGUACACAAUGUUCAGCACACGCACAAUCUGUAGAGGGUGCUGUUUCUUUUGCACAGUAGCACUAACGGUUUGAAUGCUGAACCAUAAUGCAUAAAAGCUGGUGGUUUUAAAAACUGCACAAUACUAAAACACCCGCUAGCUUUUAUGAAUAUGGGCCUUUAAUAUAGAAAUUGAAACAAUUUCAAAAGUUUCCUAUGCCAAAAGGAGACAUCGUUAUAGCUGCUUUUUUGACACUAUUGACAUAGCUUUACGAGUUAGUUUGGUUAAAAUUGUAGCCAAUUACUGUUACACCAGUGAAAAGAAAUGUGUGGGGUGGACAUACAGUUAGUUGGUAAUCUGUGAAUUUGGAGGUUACCUCAUGAAAUACUGGGCUCUGUUCACAAAACUUUAACUUGUACAUUUAAAGUAGUGUUCCCUCUUUAAUUCACUCUCUGGUGAAUUAGCGAAGGGUCCUUUUAUUUUAGCCUAACCAUGAAUGAACCCAAUUGUAAAACAUCGAGGGAACACUGUAUGUUUUUAUUAAUUAAAGGUUUGAUAUUCAUGGCACAUUUUUCAAUUGAUUCAAAAGAACUGUUGGAGUUUAUUACUAUGUUAGAGAAAGUGUUCAAACACUGGGUUAAACUUUUGUGAAUUGGGCCUACUCCUCUAGAAAAAUUGAUGUCUUACAUUACAUGGUCUUUACUGUGAUGAUGUAUUUUUUUCUUGUGUAUUAUUUUUAAUUAUUCAUAUUUUUGCAGAA